AUGACAGCUAAAGAAGACUACAGUUCACUUGUCCAUGGCCUAUGUAGCCUGGAGUUCUCUGGAGACAGCAUUCCCUGUCAACUUCUCCUGACUGGUGACACGGCCUUUCCAGUGCUAGUGACUCCAGCACAACAUGUCCUCCUGGCUGCCUCUAAGUAUGGGAAGGGUAAAAUAGUGGUCAUGAGCCAUGAGUCCUAUUUAAACCAACCACAAUUCAUGGCUUUCCUGAAGAAUGCUAUAUCCUGGCUGAAACCAUCUGUGGGAGCAGUAGUUGGUGUUAACGGCACACUAAGUCUCCUUGAGCAGACUCUCUCCUCCUCUGGACACAGGGUAGAAAAGGUGUCUGGUCUGAAGAAAGAUCUAGGGGUGUUCUGUACAAUUGGAUAUGAUGACAGCCAGGCACAGGAUAUUGUCACAUUCUUGAGAAAAGGUGGAGGUGUGCUUAUUGGAGCUCAAGCCUGGUACUGGUCUCAAUGUAACAAACAGGAGAACGUUCUGUGGAAUUUUCCUGGGAACAAAGUAACAUCGGUUGCCGGAGUGUAUUUCACUGACAAAUAUGGAGAGAAGGGGAACUUUUGUGUGAGUGAGAACAUACCAUGGAGCCCAGUGCAUACAGAUGUACAUUUUUCAGCGGAUCUAACGCAUCUCAUGCAAGGUGUUAGUGACCUGGACAUCAGUGGAAAAUCUGUGCCCUCAGACCUUCUUCUUCAUGGGCCUCUAACAUUCCCAAUUGGGCUCAGCAGCAACAAUCAAUGCUUUUUUGGUGCUGCCUACUUUGGCAGAGGGCGCGUUGUUGUAGGGACACAUGAAGGCUACCUCUCUAAGCCAGAGCUGAAAACCUUCAUUCUCAAUGCUGUUUCUUGGCUAGACAUGGGCAGAAAUGGAAAGAUUGGUGUUAAGCAACUGGGAAAUCUCCUCCAUGUUUUACAGAAUGCAGGUUUAUCUUGUGUGGCUUCUGACUUGAUUCCAGGUCUCAGUGUGUAUUGCUGCACUUCCUACAGUGAUGCAGAAGCUGAAAAGAUCCAGCAGUUUGUAGCAGAAGGAGGAGGCCUGCUCAUUGCUGGCCAUGCCUGGUACUGGUCCAGAUCAAAUCCAAAUGUGCUUUCUCAGUACCCAGGAAAUAAAAUACUUAACAAGUUUGGAAUAAGUAUUCUAGGAGGGACAGUUGGGCAAGGAGUUUACAAGGCUUUGGAUCCCAAAGCAGUUGAUCACACGUACCACUUCCCUAGAGCAGUCUGCCAGCUGCUAAACGACUUAAAGAGUGGAGCUGAGCUAAAACCACCUCUCAGUUCUUGGUUGGCCAAGCUCAGACAAGACGUCUCAACUUACAUGAGGCUUCCAGCCAGCCCUCUCACCUCAUCCCUACAGCACAAACUUGUACAUCUAGUACAAGGGUGUCCUUUACCCACUGCCAGUAAACAGUGUCCUGUAAAAAACAGCUCCAAAGAGGCUUUUAUCAUGUGUUUGGCUCAGGAAGUCAGCUGCCUUCAAUGUCUGGAUGACCAUGGGGAUGGUGACACUGAUUUAUUGGACCAGCACCCUGUUACAGUACAGAUUGAUGCCACAAACCCAGGUGCUGAUGCAUGGAGAAGUACUGGACUCUUUUUGCCCCCUGGCAAAACUGCAAUACUAAUGUUUCCAGCAUCAGCUGCUGGACAAGGUCUCCAGGUUCAGAUUGGCUGCCACUCAGAUAACUUGAGUGCAGCAAAGGAGUUCUGUCGUGCUCCUGUGGUUGUACAUAAGAAAGAUGUUCUUGGAGAAAAAGUGAAAAUGUCCUGUGUAUGGGGAGGUCUUGUAUAUAUUAUUGUUAAAGCAAAAAGCCAGUUGGGUCUGAUUCCAGUUACAGUGUAUGGAGCAGAACCUGCUCCAACAUUUAUUAAGGGUCAGACUAGCCUAUCUUCAUGGCAGCAAACAAUUCGUAACUAUCCGGCUCCUUGGGCUGAGCUUAUUACAGAAAACAUCAUUCUUACUGUACCCUCUGAAGCCAUCCGCUCACUAGAAGAUCCAGAAGCUUUGAUGUCUCUGUGGGACGAGAUUAUGGCAGCUGUUACUGAUCUAGCUGCAAUUCCUAAGAAAUUUCCCCGUCCAGAGAGAUUUGUGACAGAUGUGCAGAUCUCAGCUGGUUGGAUGCAUGCUGGAUACCCAAUAAUGUGUCAUUUACAGUCAGCAGAGGCAAUAACCAAUGCUGAGCAUAUAAAGAAAAGUGGUUUCUGGGGACCUAUACAUGAACUUGGCCACAAUGAGCAGAGGGGUGUUUGGGAAUUUCCUCCUCAUACCACAGAAGCAACAUGUAACCUAUGGUCAGUAUAUGUACAUGAAACCGUUCUACAUAUUCCAAGGGAUCAAGCACAUCCUGCACUAAAGCCAAAAGACAGACAGACUCGAAUUCAGCAAUAUUUAAAGAAUGGAGCCAAACUAGAACAAUGGAAUGUGUGGACUGCUCUGGAGACCUACCUUCAGCUACAAGAAGGCUUUGGAUGGGAUCCCUUCAAACGCCUGUUUGCAGAGUACCAGACACUGUCAAAUGUCAGUAAAAACAACAAGGAUAAGAUGAAUCUUUGGGCAGAGAAGUUCUCUCAAGCGGUUAAUAAGAACUUGGCUCCAUUCUUCAAGUCCUGGGGGUGGCCUAUUGAAGAGACAACCAGUCAGAAGUUAUCUGCAUUGCCUGCCUGGGAGGAGGAUCCUAUGAAGACGUAUAUCAGUCCCAAGUAAUCAGAAGGGUGUCAAGCCUUCUGUUCAGCCUGUUGACUUGUGUGAAGCUUACCAUG